AUGUCGAAACGAACACUAGACACCUUCUUCAGCCCCUCUCAGAAGAAAGCAAAGAUAUCGCUUAGCGAAUCAAAAGAUGCGCCGUCAAAUCACUCCACAUAUCCAUUCGCCAUACUGCAAUUGCCACCAGAAAUUACCGACCUGUUGAAUUUCGCUCCGGAAGCGGAAGGCAAAGUGAUAAAUGACCAACCGGAUCUGGAUCUCUUGUAUUUCCAACCAUAUGUACCGGGCUCGAUAUCAACACCCUUGUUUGAGUUUUUACGGCGAGAGUUGUUCUUCUACCGUGUCAAGUACAAGAUCAAGCGGGGACCUGUCGAGACAGAUAUCAACACGCCACGCUUCACGACUGUCUUUGGUGUGGAUGAAACCUCUUCUUUCCUACCCGAUGGAUCACUCAUCGACGCAACUACCAANAAGCCAAUCCCCAAAGACCGCUACAAGACCUGUAACCCGCGGCCCAUACCCGCCUGCCUAGAUCUACUACGCAAACUCACCGAAGCAGCAACAGACCAAUGCUACAAUUUCUGCUUGGUGAACUACUACGCCACCGGCGACGACAGUAUCUCCUACCACAGCGACGACGAAAGAUUUCUGGGCGUGGAUCCCGCAAUUGCAUCGUUCAGUUUAGGAGCCAAGAGAGAUUUUCUGAUGAAGCAUAAACCUACUCCGCCUUCUGAUGAUAAGAGUGCAGUGGCAAUUGCUUCGGAAACCAAACCUUUGAAGUUGCCUUUGGGAAGUGGGGAUAUGGUGUUGAUGAGAGGUACGACGCAGAGUAAAUGGCUGCACAGCAUUCCCAAGAGGAAAGGAGGAGAAAGUGGAAAUGGUAGAAUCAACAUUACGUUUAGGAGGGCUAUGGUGACGGGAGGUACGGAAAAUUACUACCGGUACAACGUUGGCGAUGGAGAUGUCAUGAAGUGGGAUGAGAAGACCAAGAAGAUGGUUGUUUGGGGUGUCAAGAAGGGAGAUGGUGAGGCUGUCAAACAGGAAAUCAAAGCGGAAGAUGUAGACAAGGGAUAUGCUGGAUUGUAG